AUAAAAGAAAGCAGUGAAAGAAGAAUGUGUCUAAAAUAUUGAAACUGGAACUUUGUAACUGUUUUGGCUGUUAAUUAUAUUAUGUAUGAACUAAUUGAUUCCAUAUAAUAAUUUUGGUUAUAAUUAGUAAAUUAGUGCUUGUUGAAUGCUUUGAAUAAUUUUAAGUCGAAAUGCUCAAUUUAAAUUGUGUUAUUUGUGCUGAGCUGUUCGUCGCCUCGGAUGAUGUGCGUGCAACCAACUGCGGCCAUAUGUUUCACAUAACAUGCUUAAAACAGUGGAUGGAACGAUCGAAAUCAUGCCCCCAGUGUCGAACUAAAUGUACGGAUCGUAAUAUAUUCCGCAUUUAUUUCAACUUGGCUAAUCUGGAUGUAAGUACUAUCGACGUGGGAUCACUGCAAGAGCAAGUGGACAACGCUAGUCUGCAACUAAAAAUGAAGGAAAAAGAGAUGAAUAAAGCGGAACAACAAAUUAAAGAGCUUAAGGAAUGCCAAAUUAAAGCAGCGAAAACAAUCCAAGCAAUGGAACAAAGAAUAAAGAAAAAUGAUUUCGUAAUACUUACAUAUUCGGAACAGCUAAAAAUCUUUAAGACUGAAGCAAAGAUGGCCGAUGACUUACGCAAAGAGGUGGAACGCCUAAAGCAACAAAUCAAAACAAUAGAGUCAGUACAAUCAGUGCUCGCCGCAACAACGGCAGAAGCUGAAAAAAUGCUCAAAAUCGAAAAGGAUCCUGUGCGACUGUGCACCUGGGUAGCUGCACUGAAGCGCGAACUUCGCACAUGUGAAACAAAGAAAACUGAUUUGCGCCGGGCUAUGAAAGUUAUGCAGGACAAUUUGCGACAAGAAAUGGCUACUAAAAAGUCUUUUGAGGAGCGCAUUUCACAAUUGGAAAGUGAAAACUAUCAAUUACAAGAGAAAGUAAAAGUACUAGAAAACAAAGGGCCAACAAGUUUCAUGCCAGACCAUCGCAGGCAAAGCACAGAAUCCGCGCCCAUUCCGUUGCCGGAAAAACGUCAAACAUUAUCGCCCACUGUGAAGGAAAAUCUGAAGAAGAUUGAAGACUCAAAUUCUCCUUAUCUCAAUAUUAAGUCCAGCAGUAUAGGCCUGCUGCCGUUGUUCAAACGCAAUCAAGACGAUCUGCCAGAGCGAACGGGUGUUACAACUACGAAAUUGGCGACAUUAAAAAUAUCACCAAGAAAGACAGAUAAAGACAGUGCCACUAAAGGAAUCAGUAGCAGCUUGGGAAUACUACGCAAAGCUCAAAGUGAUAUCACAGAAAAGUAUUCCAUCAUGAAGAAGCCGCGGCUGGCAAUUAGCUCUUCUUUAUCAACAGCUAAACAUUUUGGCAUGAAUUUCGAACCGAGCAGUACGCGAGCCGUAUCGCCCACAAUGCCAAGGCCAAUCGGAAGUAAUUUAGAUAGUCGUCUAAAAGCUGGUGGCUUGCGCAAGUUUAAGUUAAACAAAUGAUGUCUGCAAGUGGGCAUGCAUUUAAAGAAACUAAUUAGUACCUAUCAUGUAUUUAAUUUAGAUAUUUAUUAUUAAAGAAAAACUUUGUAUAUUA